UAUUGUGCGCCGCGCGCAGAUGGCGCACGGAUCCGGCUCCAGACCGACUCCGCUCCGGGUUUUCGCGCCUCCCUCUUCAGAUCAAUGAACUCGCAUCACCAAACUCAUCGCGCACAGAGAGCGAGCGGCGCGGCGCGGCGCGUCAGUCAGUCCGAGGAACCGCCGCGUGCGUCACGACCGGGAUCGAGGAUGGAGAAUCGCGCUGUUUAACGGCUCGGUAACGCUCGCGCCGAUCGUUUCCAUUCACGGGAGCGCAGGAUCCUCAGCCGCGCGGAUUGAUUGAUUGACUAAUAGCGGAUUUUGCGGUGAUUCUGACCAUCAUGGGCUGCGUCACUGGAGAUAUUCACCGGAGCAGACUUUACGCGCUCCUCAUCGGGCUGCAUGUUCUCGCCGGUGUCUCCAAAACGCACGGCUCAGAUCUUCUGCGGUCUUUCGUGGAGCUGCGGUUUGUUCUGGAGCCUCAGGACGCGGUGACGGUCCGGGGAGGUGUGCUGCAGCUGGACUGCGAGGCUCGCUCGGAUCGGGGCGUCCCGGUCAUCUCCUGGAAGAAGGACGGUGUUCUUCUGAGCGCGGUGGUGGACGAGCGCAGGCAGCAGCUGUCGAACGGAUCUCUCCUGGUGCAGAACGUGCUGCACUCGCGGCACCACCGGCCGGACGAGGGCUCGUAUCAGUGCCUGGCCUCGCUGGACGGCAUCGGAGCCAUCGUCAGCCGCACCGCUAAAGUCACCGUCGCCGGUCCUCUGCGUGUGGUCAUUCCCACUGAGUCAGUCUCGGCUCAUCUGGGCGACACGGCUCUGCUGCGCUGUGAGGUGACGGGUGAACCCAUGCCCGUGGUGCGCUGGCAGAAGAACAGGGAGGACCUGCCCUUGAUCUUUGACCCGGACAGCAGAGUGGUCAUCCUGCCCUCCGGAUCUCUGCAGGUCAGCAGGGUCCAGCCGCCGGACUCGGCCACGUACCGCUGUCUGACAGAGAACCCCAGCAGCUCCCGCACUGGAACGGAUGCUGACCUGCGCGUCAUACCGGAGCCCGGAGUAGCGCGAGCGCUGGUGUUCCUCCAGAGGCCUCAGAAGGUCACAGCUCUACAGGGUAGAGAUGCGGUUCUAGAAUGUUCCGCCUCAGGCUAUCCCAACCCGUCCUUCUACUGGAUGAGAGGAAACGAGCUGAUCCAGAGCAGAUCAAAGAAGUACUCUCUCCUGAGUGGCAGCAACCUUCUGAUCAGCAGCGUCACCGACGACGACUCGGGGACAUAUACCUGUGUCGCUCACAACAAACAGCAGAACAUCUCAGCAGCCUGUGAGCUCUCCGUGCUCGUUCCUCCUCAGUUCCUCAACUAUCCGUCGAACACGUAUGCGUAUGAGAGCACAGACAUCGAGAUGGAGUGUGCGGUGACGGGAAACCCUCAGCCCACCGUCCGCUGGGUGAAGAACGGAGAGGCCGUCAUUCCCAGCGACUACUUCCAGAUCGUGGACGGCGGUCAUCUUCAGAUUCUGGGUCUGGUUCGCUCAGACGAGGGUUUCUAUCAGUGCAUCGCUGAGAGCGGGCGAAACAGUCAGGCCAUGGCUCAACUCAUCCUUCUGCAGCCCGGUAAGAUCCAGCAUAUGAACAUCCUUCAUCUGCACGCUAGCACUGAUCCAGGGCUUUAUCUGAAGAGAGACAGUGAUGUAGAGAUGAUGUUCUCCUGGUGUUUCAACGAGUGUGAGAUUGUGUCUGAACUCUCUGUGAGCGUCGUACAGAACGACUGCUCUCUGCUUAUAUACACACAGUGCGUUAGGAAGCUCCGCCUCCAGUCCAGUCUCACUGCCUAUGGAACAGAUGGGACAAAAGGCUACAUCGGAUCACAAAGGAAAGAUUUUGACUGCGCCCUGACCUCACGAUGGCGCUUCUUCUCCGAGGAGGGAAUCAACAGGGAGCGCAGCGUGAACGUGACGGAGGCCGAGAGUCUGCAGCUGACGGUCAGUAAUCUCCGGCCCGAGGCCUCGUACUCCUUCAGGGUGGUGGCGUACAACGAGCAGGGGCCCGGAGACAGCUCAGAGGCCAUCCGACUGUCCACCCAGCCCGAGCUUCUGGUUCCGGGUCCGGUGGAGAACCUGAGGGCCGAAGCCGCGUCUCCGACCUCCAUCCAGGCGUCCUGGGAUCCUCCGACCCACGCCGGCGGCCCCGUCCAGAGCUACAGACUGCUGUGGACCGAGACGUCCAGCGGCAAAGAGCAGAACGUGGAGGUGGUGGGUCAGAGCUACAGGAUGGAGGGACUGAAGAAGUUCACGGAGUAUUCUCUGCGAGUGCUGGCGGUCAACCGACACGGACCCGGCCUGUCCGACACGGACACGCUCAUCACCACGCUCUCGGACGUGCCCAGCGCUCCGCCGCAGAACAUCUCUCUGGAGGUCGUCUACUCACGGAGCAUCAAGGUGAGCUGGCAGCCUCCUCCAGCAAACACUCAGAACGGCUUCAUCACCGGAUACAAGAUCCGUCAUCGGAAGACGGGCCGGCGCGGAGAACAAGAGGCCCUCGAGCCCAACAACCUGUGGUACCUGUUCACCGGACUGGAGAAAGGCAGCCAGUACAGCUUCCAGGUGGCAGCCAUGACGGUCAAUGGCACGGGGCCCAGCAGCGAGUGGCAGACGGCCGAGACGCCGGAGAACGACCUGGACGAAACUCAAGUUCCCAACCAGCCGAGCUCUCUUCACGUGCGUCCGCUGCCCAACAGCAUCAUCAUGAGCUGGACGCCGCCGCUCAACCCCAACAUCCUCGUCCGCGGCUACAUCAUCGGCUACGGAGUGGGCAGCCCUUACGCCGAGACCGUGAGAGUGGACAGCAAGCAGCGCUACUACUCCAUCGAGAACCUGGAGCCCAGCUCUCAUUACGUCAUCUCUCUGAAGGCCUUCAAUAACGCGGGUGAAGGAGUUCCUCUGUACGAGAGCGCCGUCACCAGAUCCAUGUCAGACCCCUCGGACCCGUCCGAUGACGAUCUGUUCCAUCUGUUUGAUAAAUUCCCUACCCCCAUCCCAGAUACGUCCACGCCCAUGAUUCCUCCCGUAGGUGUGCAGGCCGUGGCUCUCACCUCGGACUCGGUGCGGGUCAGCUGGGCCGAUAACUCCAUUCCCAAGAACCAGAAGUCCUCGGAGGUGCGCUACUACUCCGUCAAGUGGAAGACCAGCCACUCCACCAGCAGCAAAUACAAGUCGGCUGACACCACAGCUCUCAGUCACAUCGUCAUGGCUCUGAAGCCCAACACCAUGUACGAGUUCUCUGUCAUGGUGACUAAAGGACGUAAGUCCAGCACCUGGAGCAUGACGGCACACGCCACCACUUAUGAAGCAGCACCGAGCUCCGCCCCAAAGGACCUGACCGUGAUUGGCCGAGAGGGACGUCCACGAGCCAUUCUGAUUAGCUGGCAGCCGCCGCUGGAGGCCAACGGACGAAUCACAGGUUAUAUCUUGUACUACACGCUGGACAAGAACAUGCCCAUCGAUGACUGGGUGAUGGAGCCCAUCGGAGGAGACCGGCUCACGCACCAGGUCAUGGACCUCAACCUGGACACCGUCUACUACUUCCGCAUCCAGGCCAAGAACGCCAAAGGAGUGGGGCCCCUGUCGGAGCCCGUGCAGUACAGGACGGCCAAAGUUGAGCAUCCAGACAAGAUGGCCAAUGAUCAAGGUCGUCAUGGAGACAGUGGUUACUGGCCGUCUGAUAAUAACCCGAUCGACAUGAGCAGCCUGAACGAGCCUCCGAUCGGUCAGAUGCGUCCUCCUCAUGGCAGUGUGACGCCUCAGAAGAACAGUAACCUGCUGGUGAUCAUCGUGGUGUCUGUGGGAGCCGUGACUGUGGUGGUGGUGGUCAUCGUGGCUCUGAUCUGCACCCGCCGCUCGUCCGCCCAGCAGAGGAAGAAACGUGCGACACACAGUGCUGGGAAGCGGAAGGGCAGCCAGAAAGACCUGCGACCUCCUGACCUCUGGAUCCAUCAUGAGGAGAUGGAGCUGAAGAACAUAGAGAAGCCCUCGAGCUCCGCCCCCUCCGGCCGCGAGUCACCAAUCCAGAGCUGCCAGGAGAUGGCUCCGGUCAGCCACAGCCAAUCAGAGAGCCAGAUGGGCAGCAAGAGCAGCCACUCAGGUGCAGACGGGGAUGAGGCCUCCAGCAGUAUUUCCACGUUAGAGCGAUCGUUAGCCGCCCGCCGGGCCACACGCACCAAGAUGAUGAUUCCCAUGGACUCUCAGCCCAGCAACACACCGGUGGUCAGUGCUAUCCCAGUGCCCACGCUGGACAGCAGUCAGUAUCCAGGCAUCCUGCCGUCACCCACCUGUGGAUUCACACACCCCAAAUUCAGCCUGAGACCCAUGCCCUUCUCCACACUGAGCGUCGACCGCAGCUACGCCACCGCGCUGUCAGCCGAGGGCCCCGCUCCUUUGGCCCCGCAGCAGCCGCUGAUUCCCACGGCACAGUCGGAGCCGUCGGGUUCCGAGGAGAUUCCCAGCCGAACCAUCCCCACGGCCUGUGUGCGGCCCACGCAUCCCCUGCGCAGCUUCACCAACCCACUGCUGCCUCCACCCAUGAGCUCCAUCGAGCCCAAGGUCUACACGCCUAUGACAGGUGGGAGUUUACCCAAAGCGCAGGUCAAGACGGCCUCGCUGGGUCAGGCGGGGAAAGCCCGCUCUCCUUUACUGCCCGUUUCAGUGCCGACCGCUCCUGAGACGACUGAAGAUGGACAGAAGCAGCCAGAUGACCCGGCCAGCGUGUACGAGCAGGACGAUCUGAGCGAGCAGAUGGCCAGCCUGGAAGGACUGAUGAAGCAGCUCAACGCCAUCACGGGCUCGGCCUUUUAACACAGACCCUCUCUGAUUCCUCAGCCCCUCGAGCGGGAUUAUAAAGGGAAAGUGACUCCGAACCGAACCUCCGCGCUGGAGAAGAAGCGUCUCUUUUCUAACUCUGUCUGAGAUUUUAUACUCCAUCCGAGAGGAAGACUGUGAGGAUUCAUCUACUGACGGAAACCUUUCCUGCGGGAUUACUAGCGAUUCAUCUCAAACCCGACCGAGUUGCCAAAAUGCAAACUUUUCAUUGACAUCUUGCCAAUCUAUUGCUGCCAAAAUCCCUUAAAAACACUUCGCUAGGGAGCUAUAUGUUCACGCUAGAAAGCGGUCGGAUGAGAAGAUGGGAUCGUUUUGCUCACGCAGCACUGAUUUUUGUUGUUGAUUGUUUGUUGUGUCUCUUUGUGAAUCUCUUUGCUACAUAAACGUCAUAUUUGGUUUAUUAUUUGACUGCAGUGAAAGCGGAAACCCCUGCGGUGUUCUCUUGAGUUCACGUUAUGCAUUUCUUCGUCAUCCAGAAAUAAAUCAACCACGUGGGCUGCCCAAAAUGAUCUUCCUCAGUAUUUUUUCCUUGUUUUCCGGUAAAAAUAUCGAAAUGUUCUUAAAUCAAGAUGCAUUUACAUGAGCAGCAAAAUUAUAUCAUAUAACAAUUCUUUCCUAAAAAAGGGGAAAACAUUUGUUUUGGGUUUUUUUUAAAUCUGACUUUUGUUUGUCCAGUAAAUGUUCCAUACACCAAAAACACCCAAAUCUUUCAGUACAUUUAACAAUACACUAAAAUAGGCCAGAAGGUAUAUUUGCUAAAACGUGUUUCAAAAUAUGUUUACAUAAAUAUAUUUUCUACAAUAUAUUUUUGGCCGUUAUUGAAACAUUUUUGUCACAGAAUAUGCAUUCACAUUUCACACUUGUAGAAAGUAUAUAUAUAUAUUAACGCAUCUGUAGCUUCCGUAAGAUUCCAAAUCUAUUUUCUUACUAAUAUAUUUUUCAUAUUUUGUUUACCUUUAUCGCUUUAUUUGGGGUGGAAUUAUAGCUUUUUUUCGAAUGUUGAUAUAUUUGUACUGGAAAGCAAGUCAAAAACACUGAAGAAGAGCAUGUUGUCGGUGGAGGAUGAACAUGGCAGAUGAAUGAAUUCAUUUCUCAAAUAAUGCUAAUGUGAAAGCUCCGAGACAUUUAAUGCUUCUCACACCAUCGGCUUUUCCGUUCAGCUCCUUCUCUUUUUUUAUGCAAGGAAGUGCAAACAAGACUUUUUAUGUGCCUAUAUAUAUUUUUGUUCACUUUUCGGUCACUUUAUUUAUUUGCUGCGCUGCGAGACAACAGAUGGAUGAAGAAAUGCGUCCCUAUAUUUGAUAUUUUUCUGGAAGCGUACAGAUCCUGUAGCGACACGCUGUUUUUUACUGUACAGAUGCAGCGAGCGACUGAGGGACUCGGGACGGGGCCGGCGGGUUUCUACGAUAUAUUUAAUAUAUGAUUUAGAUUGUUCCUUUCACAGUAAUUUAUGAAGACGAUGUGAUUAAUUCUAGAGCUUUUAUUUAGCCCAUUAGCAGAAUAAAGGAGGAGGAAUUCUGGGACGGAUUUUCACUGUGUUUCUGAACGAAGAUAUUUUACUUCAGCGUCAUUAAACACCUUCGGUUGUCUGAUGUUUUCUGUGCGUCACGUUAAAUGUGAUCGACGACAUUCCUGACGUCUGGAUUCUCCAGCGAUGUUCCGUCUGAAGCGUAGAGUGUCUCUCGUUCCCUCUUUCUCUCACAGUUCACCUGAAAAUAACGUCAUUCAGUUCAAACCGUGGAAAAAAAACGCUCUGAAAUUGUAAUAUCACAAUUCAGAUUUUUUUCAGAAGCGCAAGAUACAAAACUGACCAAAAACUCCAUUUUUAUAUUUUGCGACUCCGACUUUAUUUUUCAGAAUUAUGAGUUUAUUUAUAUCUCACUAUUGUGACAUCUUACUAUCUGACCUAAUGUCUAAAGUUGGACAUCAUAUCUCACAAUUCUAAGUCUGUAUCUAAUCCUGAGAAAGAAAAAAUCUGAAUUGUGAGAUGUAAACUUUUUCUGUAUUUCUCAUAAUUGCAGGUUUAUAUAUCCUAAUUCUGAAUUGUAAAAUAAAACGUCACCUUUUCGUUGAAUCUUUUUAAUAACGUUUCAUUUUGUGACAAGUACAAUAGUUUGGAUCGACAGUGUUUGCAUCUUGGUGUUGGCAUUAUUCGUGUCGUACGGGUUUGAACAGUCUUUAUUUUCCAGUGAACUGCUCAGCAUUGCCGGGGCUGAUGGGAUUGAUCCCUGAUCAGCUGAUCAUCAGUGUCUCAGAAUCACCUUCAUGCAGUGAUUAAUUAGUGGUGUUAAUGAUAGAAUCAGAAGGAACAGGAGCAGACGUGUUAGACGUUCUCUGCUCACGAGAGGAGGAAUCAUUCUUACGUGUAUUUUACUUCAUCCUUAAAUUGUCCAAUGUUAGCGUUGUUAACCAAAUUAGAGUAGCGAUUGAGAUCUGAAAUGCGGUUUUCAAGUCGAACCCUCCGGCUGUUUCUACCCAUGACGUUGUAUACGAUUACUGGUUUUGUAAUGCACUGUAGAACAGUCCAAUGUUCCUUUUUAUAUAGAAAUGUUAUUUGAAUGGUGCAUUCUUUUUGUUUGAUAAAUAAAGCCUUUGAUAAUAAA